AUCGUGAAUCGUGCGACAUUCCGACACAAAGUUUGUAGCGAACCGGUCGUGUACGCUCGCUUACUAUUAAAAAGUAUUACCAACGUAUACUAAACUUUUACUGUGACCUAAUUACUUCGUGAGUGCAAUUCAAUUAACGACAUGUGAAAUUGUUACCGUAUAAACAGUGAAUCAGUGUUCAAAGUGUCAAAGUUUAUCAAUUGUGAUUGACUGCGCUUGAUUGUUUAAAAUAGAAAUGGUGUUACAAUGAAUGGCGAAUUAUAUAUCUAAUUUGAAUUGCCAAAAUGUUUAACUCUAGGAUUUGGCUGCUAUUACCGUAUGGAUUACAAUUAAUAUGCUUGACAACAGCAGAUACAAACGGGCCGAUAAUAAUCCCAUCUACGGAUGAAAUAACAUUAGAGAAGGGACAAAAUUUCACAAUAAUAUGCAGAUCUAAUAAAAAAGUACAAAUAAAACAACAGGAAUUGCCCGAAUAUAGCAAUCAAUUGCUCAAUGAGCAAACAACUGUGGCGCUAUCUGACUCUAAAUAUAAGUAUGAAACUGUAUUAGAAUUAGUCAACGUUAGCAGAAUUUCUGUUGGUUACUAUGCCUGCUUUGAUGAGAGCGUCAACGAAACUGCUAUAUUAACUAACAUAAGAGAGGAACCCACUAAUACAGAUCAUGUAGCUUACAUAUAUAUUUACGUAAAUGGUACGGAUAGUCUAUUCGCACCUUUCAGAGAAAUGUUGAUAUCAAUAGGUAACUCAAAGGUUGUUAUAGAAUGUAAACCUACCACGCCCGAUGUUUCUGUCCAAUUAAUAGGGGACUUUCCAGAAAGCGAAUAUAGUUAUAGCCCGAAAAUUGGUUUCACCAUCGAUAGCGAACUUUUGGAUAGUCAAAUAACAUUUUUCAAUUGUGAUUUUACGAGACAUAACAUUACCACAACGAAAGAUGUGUUUGUACAUAAACAAAUUGAAAAACCUCCUACGCCGAGCAUAAAAGCUGAAUCGCCAUAUUUCAUUAAAGGAGAGACUUUUUCACUGAACUGUACGGUAACUUAUCAAGAGAAUACCGCUGUGUAUCUUGUAUGGAAACUGCCUUUCUCGAAGAGUGUUUUGAAUGAAUCAAACGAGAAGGAGGCUACUGGUGGUAACUUAUAUAAGAAGAUAACUAUUGUUAACGCAACGGAAGAAGAUGCUGGCGUCUACACAUGUUUAUCUACGAAUAGGAAUGGAGAGGAAAAGAAAGAGUUUACCAAAAUAUACAAAGAUGAAGGAUUUAUUAACCUAACGAAACCACAUAAUCAGAUGAACACACUGGAAACAAUUCAAAGGAUGAUAAAGCUUCAUGCGAAGAUAUCGGACUAUCCGCGUGCUAAUUUCACUGUUUUUCGUGAUGGAGUGCAAUUGCCAACAGUCGUCGCUGGAAAAUAUUAUUUGGUAGCUGAUCGUGGAAGCGUGGAUUAUUCCAUUUCAAAUUUAAAUAUAAACGACACAGGAAAUUAUACGAUCGUUGCUACAAAUGAUUAUGUAACAAAAAACGUAACCUACGAUCUUAGACCGCUUGCUAUACCAGUGAUUAAUUUUGGACGCAGCGAUGCUAGAAAGUAUUUGAAGGAUCAAAUUGCUUCAAUAAAAUGCGAGGCAGUUGGGUAUCCACAACCAAUUAUAGACAUGGUGUUCACUGAUGAGAAGGGUCAGGAAAAGCGGCUUGAUUUAACGAAACGUACUAAAUUCGAAUCUAUAAUAAAAACAUCGUCAGAAAUACAAAUAAACGCGCGUGCAUCUGGCUAUAUAACUUGCCACGCCACAAAUAGCAUGGGUCACGUGUCUGAAGAGAGAAGAUUCAUCAUUCAAGAGGUGCCAGACGGUUUUGGAGUAAAGGACAGUCUGGGCUGGUACUCUGAAAAUCAGAAGGUUGAAUUGGAGUGUUAUGCUUCGAAAUAUGAGUUCUCCAAUGUGUCGUGGAUUGAUUGGGAAGGUCUACUGAUGGAUAAUUACACCAAGUUUUACGAGACACAGUUCUCGUUUGUCGCCAAGUUGGUGUUUGAUGGAAUAACAUUAAACGAUGCUGGGAACUACACGUGUGUGGGAUACAAAAAUGAUGAUUCAGAGGAAUCGUAUAUGACGCAUGUGUCUGUAAUAGAACAACGUUUACCUGUUAUACUAAUUCCGGAGACGACGGAGAUGGACGUUCAAGUGAAUCCCUACCAACCAAUCCAACUUACCUGUCAGGUUGAUGCUGUACCUCCUCCCACAGUCACCUGGUAUAAGGACGGAUUUCCUAUUGAAGAUACCGAGAACCUUGCAAUCAUUACCAUUAUGAUGAAUCGUACUACUUUAAAUUCAACGGUAGGAAUAAAGAGUAUGACAGAGGAUGAUAAGGGAAAGUACGAGUGUAUAGCAUAUAGCGGAGAAGAAACGCAGAGCAAGAUUUAUACUCUUCAUAUGAAAGAAACACCAACUUACAAAGGACUAUUAAGUUGUGUAGGCGUUAUUGUAUUCUUACUUAUAAUACUAAUUGCCUAUUUGGCAUGGAGAAUACGUAAGAUGAAGCAAUUUAAGAGGGAGUUAGCUGCAGCUGGUUUGCUCUACUUCAAAGAGGGAGUGCCGAAGUCCCUUAACCCGGACCUUGGAAUCGAUGAACAAGCCGAACUCUUACCUUAUGACGAUAAAUUUGAGUUUCCACCGGAAAAACUGAAAAUAGGGAAACAACUCGGCGCGGGAGCUUUCGGGGUGGUAUAUAAAGCUGAGGCUAGAGGAAUAGUGAAUGCCGAAGAAUCUACCAUAGUGGCUGUCAAAACAGUCAAAAAAACCGCAGAUAACAUGUACAUCAAAGCUCUAGCUUCUGAAUUGAAGAUUAUGGUGCAUUUAGGAAAGCAUAUUAAUAUUGUCAACCUAUUGGGAGCUUGUACGAAGAAUGCCGGGAAAAGAGAGCUAAUAGUUAUAGUGGAAUACUGUAAAUUUGGCAACAUACACAAUUAUUUGAUCCGCCAUCGGGAAGUGUUUAUAGACCAGCUCACUGAUGAUAAAGAGAAGAGCCUGGGUAAAGUCAACAAGGCGUUCUCUUCUAGCACUGCUAGUAGUGGAAUGCAUUCUGAUUAUUACGGCUCAAACCACACUCAAGCAACGGAUCAUACAAGUCUAAAUUCAGGAAUCACCAACAGAUCUGGAAGAAAAGUUUCAGAAACGGGAUACGUCCAACCAGAAUGGCGGUCGAACUACGAAUGCGACUCCAUCUACGAAGGCCGAAAGCCAAGACCCCUUACAUCAAGAGAUCUCCUCGCUUGGGCCUUCCAAAUCGCUAGGGGAAUGGAAUAUCUUGCCAGUAGAAAGGUCUUACAUGGUGACUUGGCAGCGCGAAAUGUGUUAUUGGCCGAAGAUAAUGUCGUGAAAAUUUGCGAUUUUGGUCUAGCAAGGAGCAUCUAUAAAAACGAUGAAUAUCAAAAGAAAGAGAAUAGCCCUCUACCGGUAAAAUGGCUAGCCAUAGAAUGUAUGGUGGACCGCAUUUUCUCCACGCAAUCAGACAUCUGGUCCUUUGGAAUUGUUCUAUGGGAGCUAUUUUCACUCGCACAAACGCCGUAUCCAAAUAUCAGCCCGGCUAACUUGCUGAACUGGCUCUCUGAGGGACAUCGUCUGGAGAAGCCAACAUAUUCUGAUGAUAGGCUGUAUGACGUCAUGCUGAAGUGUUGGGAGAAAAAACCCACGAUGAGGCCAUCGUUUUCAGAACUGCAAGUUAUUUUGGGUUCUUUCCUCGAGGAUAAUGUUCGGAAUCAUUACGUAGACUUGAACGCUAUGUACAUGGAUAUAAAUGCCAGAUCAGAUCAAGAAGACUAUUUAGCGAUGGUAUCAGCCCCGGAUUAUAACAACAUCGUCACUCCCAGCCCCCAUCAUUAUACCAACGAUGCUAAGCAGUUCUUCCCAUCUGCAACACCCAAGAUGUUGGCGCAUGAUGACGAGGGCUACUUACAAAUGAGCCCCCCGAAUCAACAACACAUAUUCAGUCCACGUGUACCGAGCACCAAAUUCGAUUUUGACGCUCGUAAAUUGAACGCAAAAAUAGAGGUCAACGAAUGGCCCGAGGAGAGCACCCCGAUGCUUACACUGAACAAUCUCCCAGCCCGAACAUCAGAAUCGGACGAUGCCUACCUAAACAUGGCCCCUCAAAAUGAUGAUGAGGUUUUCGAAGCCAAAGAUUGCAAUAAGAACACGAAGAAUAUCGCCGCGUCUAAUCCGACAUAUAUUAUGUACGAUAUGGAUAAGAAACCCCACAAAAAUAAUUACAUCAAUGUGUCCAAUGGUCUAGUCAAGUAAUCUCUUUGGUAAAAUCUCAUUACUGUUAGUGCUAGAAUAUCUCUAGUCGAUCUAAAACGAAUUUUGUUUGCAUUUGUCAGAGCUUGAAAAUACUCCAGUGUCGUUCCCUUUAUGUCUUGCGUUUAGAAACGUAGAUUUUUAAUGGCUUAGAGGAGAUUCGGAAAUGGCAAUUGACAUAUACAUUUUAUUGAUCGAAAAUUUAGACAUAAUCUGUACAUUAGUUAUAAAUGUCUUAAGCUUAGGUUUCCUAGAAAAGCGGUGCCGUUAACUAACGGCCGUCAUUUUACGGUUGUUAAUAACGUCUUUACUAACGUAA